CGCCCUUUAAAACAAUCGGUGGUUUUUCUAAAAUACGCGGGUUCAUUUAAAUGUCACUUGUUUCUUCAUUCACAGUGCAAAGUACUCGUAAGUAUUUUGAAUUGUGUAAAAUAAACAGAGCUUCAAAAAGAUGCCAAGCACAUAGCUAGUGUAAUUGCAGCCGUCACAAACUAAAUAUUUGAGUGCGUUGUGUGAUAAAAACUGUUAGAUAUGGAACCCCUUGAUAUACCGCCACCGCUACCACCAAGAAUACCAAUAAGCAGACCAUCCAGUUUAAUCCUGGCUGAUCAGAAAGUCGAACAGGACUGCGAAGUUACCUCCAAGAAGUCCAGAAACAUUCCAAAAUUGUCGAAGAAACGAGCAUAUCGUUACACUCGUAAACAAUUCGCCGUUGUAAAGGGUGGUAUAAAGGGAAUCGCACAAACAGGCCUGAGCUUUGGGGAGAAAUUCACCUACGGACUGUACGAAAAAUUCGGUUCCUGGAGUCAUAUGUGGUUCACUCAUUGCUUUCUAACAUUUAUAUUAAUUAUUUACACAGUUGGAGGAGCUCUAGUGUUUGUGUCAAUUGAAGGUUCUAAGGAAAAAGUUAAACAAGAGUACUACACUAAAGGCAUGAUAUUGCGAAAUUUACGGGAUACGCGUGGCGACUUUGUACAAGAGCUAAAGAAUUACUCGAAGAAUCUAAAUAACGAAACAGACGAGGAGUGGAAUCUAAGGCUUAGGAAGAAGUUGGAAGAUUACGAAGAGUUCAUGGUCGAAGUGUAUCAAAACUUUACUGUUUUCCGCACUCGAAACAACCCAAAGUCGUGGACGUUCUUCAACGCCAUCGUUUAUUGCGGAACACUUUACACUACGAUUGGUUAUGGGCACAUGUUCCCUACAACCGAGCUUGGAAUGAUCUUCACAAUCAUCUACGCCCUCAUCGGUAUUCCAUUAUUCCUAAUCACACUAACCGACUUUGGCAAGUUAUUCACCCGCGCAAUCAAAGCACUGUGGACCUACGUUCGUCGCCUUUACUACACGGGCAGCUGUCGUAAAGUACGGAAGAAGGCACGCGUUUCGGAAAUCAUUCAGGGCGCCCAGCUGGUUUACGGCAUAGCCCUAGCGAGCAAACGCGCCGUCUUCUCAGAUGGUGGAGAUGCCGAAAAUGAAAAUCCGCAAAGUAAGGAGGAAAAGGAGUCCAAAAUGUCGCCGGCCGAUUUCGAAGUGGACGACGAAUUUAAUCUACCAAUUUCGGUGGCCAUUGCAGUAUUACUUGUGUAUAUUUUUCUAGGAGCUAUUAUGUAUUGGAUAUGGGAAAGUUGGGAUUUUUUUACCGCUUUCUACUUUGUCUUCAUUUCACUAUCGACGAUAGGCUUCGGAGAUUACGUACCGAUACAUAACUUAUGCAUGAUAACAUCCGUUGCGUACCUAGUCUUUGGUUUGGCCUUAAUGUCCAUGUGCAUCAACGUUGUGCAGUUGAAGCUGGCCGAGACGUUUUCUAUCGCCUCCACGAAGUUGCGGGCUACUAUAGGAAAAGGCGGGAAUCAGACUGAGCUUGAGACUGAAGCGGAGAUACCAUGCGCUGAAGAUAUUCGAAGGAGUUUAAUUAUAACCGAGGAUAAUGAGGAUAAUAACGAGGAAAACGAUUUGACUGAAACAAACGUAAUGAUAGAACGUAGUUAACAUAAGGUUCAGUUCUCGUAAUUGCAUUUUUAAGGUACCUAUCUGUUGCACUUAUGGAAAUUCAUUUUGUACCCACUAUCGAUCUGUUAAUAAAAUGAAACUACUCGGUCAUUAGAUAGCAAAUGUAACUCUUCCAACUAGGUACCUAAUUAGUGAAGUAAUUUUAAAUAAGGAAUAAUUAUUUAUUUCACAAACAUUGUACUGUAGUGCUUAUCACAUUGUAAUACUUAUCUGUAUAUCAUACUUACAUAUGUUUCGAUCAAGCGUUUCGAUACCUACACUCUAAUCUGAAAUUGUUUCUAUAGCGGACAGUGGUCAAGUAACAAUAUUUUGUACCUACCUAUUCAAACAUGAAAACGAUGCUAGACACUGAUAUGUAAAGUAUGUACAGGGAGUUUUAGGAUCACGAUUUUCAUUCCUAGGAAAAACUUGAACGCUCUUAACGUCAGUAGAUCAUCCACGUACUCUCCUUACAAGGCUUGCUUUUGCUUCACUUUUCGUACUAUUUGCUCGAGGCUAAUAUCACUCUGGCACUGCGUUUGAAAUGAAACUCAUCCAUGAGA